AUGAGUAUCAACCCACAGGACGGUGACCUCUCCAAUGGCACCCCGAAGGCGGAUGACUGGCCCUUAACAGUGGCCGAUGACCAGCCGGACCAUGGCAGUCAUGUAGAGAACGCCAAUACCAUUUCUCGAUCCCCGACGCCCCAUCUUGAUACUGCCCAGCUUGCGCGGGUCCUCUCGCCCAUUGAUGCACAACACGUCAGAAGUUCCUCGCGAUCUCGACGUACUGCGACACCCUCUAUUGCUCACUCAAUGGGUUCCCCUUCAAUAUCUGAAUCUGGUGAGGAAGAAGAUCCGAAAACGAUGUCAAAGUAUCUUGCUCGGAGGGCAACCUUGAUGGGUUGGUUUGACGAAGUCACCGGCCAACGCGAUUCAGUGACUUGUGUCGCGGUCAAGAUGCCCGGAGAUGAAUACUCAUUCACGCCGACAGACGUCGCGCCUUCCCUGGUCGAUGCAAUCACUAGGCUCAACGAGACCGCGGCUGUGGCGAUGGCGUCUAGGGUCACGUCCGCAGUCAUUGACUCCAUUGUCCCCGGACAAAAGAGUCUGAUCGUCGAAAAUACUAGUGCGCGAAUUCCAAUUGUGAACACAUUGGAUGAUAUCAACUCAAUGCUAUCUCACUUUUCCAGAGCUUGUAUUGUGGUGCAAGAACGCAUUGUGCUGGUGUGGUCCCACGAUGCCGGCGCCAUUCUGAACGUGGCCUUCGAUGUUGAGAGACAAUUCGGCAGAAGGGGAGGGGCCCGAGUCUCAAGCAACACGACCCCAUGGAUCUCUGGACGGUCGUCCCCAAUGGAUUUUCCCAACUCUGAUAUCACUAAAUCAGGGCAUUCCGACACCGUUAUAGCUCCCUCCGCUCCUUUGCGAGGUGCAUUGGAUGAGAAACAUGAGGUUUACAGUAAAGCCGUGGCGUUGGAAGAAGGUGAGGAUGAGAAUGACACAGACUUGGAGGCGGCUUCCGCCCCGCGGCCUGCCAUCAGGAUCCACGCCUUCAAGAUUAGUUUCGCGAUCAUGUUGGUCAUUCUCACGCAGUCGCUUGUUGCUCAACGAGUUCAGCUGGGAUGGCGGAUACACUCGCUUUGCAUUGGUUGUGACAAUUCCACCGCUUGCGUUGUUCUCUCUCUUUUUUUCAUCGUCCUAGUUACCAGUGUGUUUCAACUUUUCUUGCCUGCGACCUUCUGCCUCAAGAAUUCCAAGUUUCACUCUGCUAUCAAGCCCAAUCCUAAAGCCCACCGCGAUUACGAACUACCCCAUAUCACCAUCCAGAUGCCUGUCUACAAGGAAGGUCUGAAGGGAGUCAUUGUCCCAACAAUGAUGAGUGUUCUCGCCGCCGUUGAAUACUAUGAGCAGCAGGGAGGAACCGCAUCGGUUUUUAUCAAUGAUGACGGUAUGCAGGUCAUUCAUCCCGAGCUCGCAGAGGCCCGGAGACAAUACUACCGUGACAACGGGAUUGGAUACACUGCUCGUCUACCCAACAAAAAGGGGGCCACAAAGAAGAAACGCGUAUGGUUCAAGAAAUCCAAGUCGGUGAAUGAGAAUAUCGAAACUGAGAAGGAAGAUGAAAUCGAUGGACCUCAGGCACUAGCAAAUAAGCUCGGGUUUGAGCGCAAAGGCAAGUUCAAGAAGGCCAGUAACAUGAAUUGGGGCUUGGCCUUUUCCAACAAAGUUGAGGAUGAGAUGGCUCAUCUGACGGCAUUGGAGUGCCAGCAACGCGGCUGCACUGCUGAUACUCUUACCGUUGAUGAUGACGACCGUCUUUACCGGCUUGCGCUGGAUAAUAUGCUUGCUGCUGAUGAGAACCGCACUUGGGCGGAGGGCAAUAUUCGCAUUGGAGAGUUCAUUCUCCUUAUCGAUUGCGAUACCCGUGUUCCAGUCGACUGUCUUCUAUACGGGGCUCUUGAGAUGCACGAAAGUCCCGAAGUUGCGAUUCUCCAACAUGGCUCAGGCGUCAUGCAGGUUGUUCACAACAUGUUUGAGAAUGGCAUCGCUUACUUCACCAACGUUGUCUACACUGCCAUCAAGUACGGUGUCGGAUCCGGCGAUGUUUCUCCAUUCGUUGGUCACAAUGCAUUUCUACGGUGGAAGGCUCUUCAAAGUAUCGAAUACGUCGAUCCGUCAGAUGGUCAGACCAAGUGGUGGUCAGAUGCUCAUGUAUCUGAGGACUUCGAUAUCAGUCUUCGGCUUCAGAUGCAAGGCAACUUGAUUCGACUUGCUACUUACCAUAACGGCGGUUUCAAAGAAGGUGUCUCGCUAACUUUGUAUGAUGAGUUGACUCGAUGGGAAAAGUAUGCCUAUGGCUGCAACGAGCUUGUGUUCCACCCCUUUUAUCAAUGGCCCUGGAAGGGCCCAGUGACUAGACUGUUCCUUCGCUUCCUUUGGAGCAACAUACCAAUCACUUCCAAGGUUACGAUCAUUGCGUAUAUCUUCACUUAUUACGCCAUUGCCUCUGGUAUGCUUCUCGCAACGGUCAACUACGUCCUUGUUGGCCUUUUCAACUCUGAGAUCGAUCAUAUCUACCUCCCAUCAUGGGGUAUUUGGUGCUCCCUCGUUGUGGUGUUUAACGGAUUUGCUUCCAUCGCAUUCAGCAUGGCCCGCCAUCAACUCAAAGAACAAACCUUCUGGAAAGCUCUCCUUAAUUCGUGCAAAUGGCUUCCAUUCCUGAUUCUCUACUUCGGUGGUAUCAGUCUGAAUUGUGCCAAGGCUCUUUUGUGUCACGCUUUCAGCAUCAACAUCGAGUGGGCCUCCACAGCUAAAGAGCCCGGGCCAACGGGUUUCUACAUUGGUAUGGAUAGAAUGGUGCGGACAUUCAGGUGGACUUGGGCCAUUUGCCUUUUUAUCUCGGCUGUCAUGAUCUACUUUGCCGUUGGUGCUCCUUGGGGUUGGACCAUCGCGCCCGGGGCUUACUCAACUGCCACUAUCGCUAUCGUUCCACUGGCUAUUCAGCUCUGUUCUGCGUCUUUCCUUCCUUUCUUCUUGGGUCUUAAUUAA